GAUCCUCCGAUCCGGCGGCGUUACUUUUGCUACUCUUCCGUCUCCAUUUUUGUUCGCCGUGAAGCUAAGGAAAAUUUUCUGAAAAACGCGUUGACGGAUCUGAUAUAUAGCUACGGAUUAGAAAUGGCUUCGCUGCGUAAUUCUCUCUGAAUUCUGUUCGUUGACCAGCGCGAACAAGGUUGAUUGGGUUUGUGCUCAUCAGGAGUUUUUAGGGGUUUUUGUUUUGUGUAUGCCUCCCGAUCACUGUUUGUCGUCUGUUUCGUCCGCGGAACUCAAGAGCAGAGAGAUUAUUAGCUUACGGAUAUGCAGAAGAGUGGUGUAAAUCGGAAUCCUUCUUUAAGAGUAGCCAUUCCUCAGGCACAACAGUCGCUUAGGCGUUUAGGUUUUUGCUCUCAAAUAGCUACGGGUGGAUCUCAGCAGUCAUCUCCUGUGGUAUUCCCUGAAAAGAGAAGCAAGAAGGUGAAGGCAUCUUCGAGACGUGGUGAGGUUACUAAUGAUCCACAGGUGAAACCGAAACCUGAUGAGCAUCGGAUUGAUAUUGGUGGAGGAGAUGAGAAAUCAGAUUUGUUAGGUAGUCUUGUUUACGCCGGGAAGCUUGUAUUGGACAAGAGGAAAUCUGCGAGUGGGAAAGAUGCAACAGAUAUACAGCAACCAUCUGCCACAGACGUCUCUAAUAAAAAAGCAGUUGAUGCAAAGCUUACAAGCAGCGCUUUGGUUUGGGGUUCUGACAUGCUACAGCUUAACGAUGUUGUCUCGGUGACAUACAAUGUUGGUCUUAGGCAUUUCACUGUGCAUGCUUAUCCAAUGGGAAAGGUUUCUUGUGGCCUGUCUUGCUUCACGAAACCAAAGAGAAGCCGCAAGGAUUUCCGCUUUGUCGCACCUACAGUUGAAGAAGCAGUUCAAUGGGUGGCCAGUUUUGGAGACCAACAAUGUUUUAUCAACUGUUUACCACAUCCUUUAGUCUCAAAGAAACAGGCUUCAUCUGAGUUAUUUUCGGUCCCCGUCGAUACUCCUCCCGAGUUGGUCUUCAGGUGUAAGAGUGCACCCAAAAUGCUUGUCAUAUUGAACCCUAGGUCAGGGCAUGGACGAUCUAUCAAAGUGUUCCACAAUGUAGUGGAGCCAAUUUUCAAGCUGGCCGGGGUUAAGAUGGAGGUUGUCAAAACAACUAAAGCAGGUCACGCGAGAGAGUUGGCUUCCACUGUCGACAUUAACUUGUGCUCAGAUGGUAUAAUUUGUGUUGGAGGUGAUGGAAUCAUCAAUGAGGUUCUUAAUGGUCUACUUACUCGAAGCAAUCAGAAAGAAGGAGUUUCUAUCCCAAUUGGAAUAGUACCUGCUGGUUCUGAUAACUCGUUAGUUUGGACUGUCCUUGGUGUACGAGAUCCUAUUUCUGCAGCACUAUCUAUUGUGAAGGGUGGCCUAACAGCUACUGAUGUCUUUGCUGUUGAAUGGAUUCAUACCGGUGUUAUACACUUUGGAAUGACUGUAUCCUACUAUGGCUUUGUUAGCGAUGUUUUGGAGCUCUCUGAAAAAUACCAAAAACGGUUUGGUCCUUUGCGUUACUUUGUUGCUGGAUUCCUCAAGUUCAUGUGUUUGCCAAAGUAUAGCUAUGAAGUGGAAUAUCUUCCGGCACAAAAAGAGGAUGCGGAAGGCAAACUUCGACUUGAAAAGGAAGCGAUGGAUAUGCAAGAUCUCUACACGGAUGUAAUGAAGAGAUCAAGCAGAGAAGGAUUUCCUAGAGCCUCUAGUUUAUCAAGUAUUGACUCCAUAAUGACCCCAAGCGUAGGCGAAGUAGACACGUGUAGCAGCACACAUGCCAGCACUGAGCCGUCUGAAUAUGUCCGUGGAAUAGAUCCUAAAAUGAAACGCAUGUCCUCUGGAAGAAGAGAUGUUACGGCUGAGCCAGAGGUUAUUCAUCCUCAAGCACAGUCAACAACCCCUAAUUGGCCAAGGACAAGGUCAAAGUCAAGAAUGGAUAAAGGAUGGAUGGGGUUAACAUCUGUGCAGGAUCCUCCAACUCGAUGUUCAUGGGGAAAUACCGGUGGUCAUGACAGGGAAGAUAUAUCAUCUACUGUAUCUGAUCCAGGUCCGAUCUGGGAUGCAGGACCCAAAUGGGACACUGAACCGUCUGCUUGGGAUGUAGAAAACUCGAUCGAGCUGCCUGGUCCUCCUGAGGAUAUAGAGACUGGACUGAGGAAGCAGAGCAUCACACCAAUAUUUGAGGAUAAAUGGGUUUCGAGAAAGGGGCAUUUCCUCGGCAUCAUGGUCUGUAACCAUGCUUGUCGGACUGUGCAGAGUUCUCAAGUUGUGGCUCCCAAUUCAGAACAUGACGAUGGUACAAUGGACAUGCUCUUGGUUCACGGGUGUGGAAGACUGAGGUUGCUGAGGUUUUUCAUACUUCUGCAAACAGGUCGACACCUUUCUCUUCCGUAUGUCGAGUGUGUAAAGGUGAAAUCGGUGAAGAUAAAAGCGGGAAAAAACACGCAUGACAGUUGUGGUAUAGACGGAGAGCUGUUUGCGUUGCAUGGAGAAGUGAUAUCAACAAUGCUACCUGAACAAUGCAGACUGAUCGAUUCUCUGUGUCUGACUCGGAACUUUCAAGCAUCACACUUGGAUUUAGUAGAAGCCGCACGUUCCUUUCCUCAUCCCGUGAAAGGAACGACACACACUCAGACUGAGAUGAGUAGCCCCAUCGUUAUGUCACCGGCCAUCGCCGCCGCCGUUCGACCUCCAUCCUCUCACGACGGUCUCUCCGCUUCCGCCACAACUGCUACCACCCCCAUGGCACUUAAAUCUUGCAUCGUUGCACCUCUCUCGCUAUUCACCUCUCAAUCACGAAUCAAACACUCAAGCUCAAGAAAAACUUCUCGAAUAAUCACGAUUCGAUGCGAUGUAGCGAUAAAAUCCGCUGAUUCUGUAAACGCAGACGCCAAUCCAUCACCCUCACCGUCAACAGAGGAAGAAAUCGAAGCGGAAGCGAAGGCGAAGAUAGGAUCUAGGGUUAAAGUAACAGCUCCGUUGAAGGUUUAUCAUGUAAAUCGAGUACCGGAGGUUGAUUUGGAAGGUAUGGAAGGUAAACUCAAAGAUUACGUCGCUGUUUGGAAAGGGAAACGAAUCUCAGCUAAUCUUCCUUAUAAGAUUGAGUUCUUCAAAGAAAUUGAAGGUCGUGGUCCUGUUAAAUUUGUUGCUCAUCUUAAGGAAGAUGAGUUUGAUUUCAUUGAUCAGUAGUGAUUAAACCAACAAAAGGCAAAUAUUUGUCUUUGUUGUGUUUACUGGAAUCUGGGAAUGGAGAAUGAUUUGUAUGUAGUGUGAUGUGUAUACCUUUAGCAAAUCAUAUACAUAAGGGUUUCUUCACUUCCUAUUGAUGUUGAUUUGAUCUUGUUAUUGGUUUCUUACUGUUAGAUAAGAUUGGAAGAAACGAAAAGUUGGAUC